CAGGUACUCGUGCUUACUGUACCUUGAAAGUAGCUGAUCAGAGGGCUUUGCUAAUCGCGCCCUUCGCUCUAUCUACCAAUUGAAGGUACUUUAUCUGUCGUUUUAGUCUGUUGUUGCCUGGCAGGCUACAAAAAGUCGCUAAUCCCUCCACGCUGUCGCCCACACACUUCCCCCAUUUCUUACUCUUUCACAACAAUAUCGCCAACAUACUAUCCCAACAUCCAAGCACAAUCGAAAUCGCCCCAGAGGCCAGCAACCAUGCGUUAAAUCAACGAUCCCCAGUCGUCACUAUUUCCCAGUCCAACAACCUUCAUCACAACAUUCACACAACCAUCCCCCCCGCUUAAUUCCACUCUUCAGCUCAACCUCACCAGGUCGAUCUGAACUUCACUAUAGCCCAAAGCUUUAGCUCAAGUCAUUCCCCCGCAACCAUUCAACCGCAAGACUUUCCAGUCUUCACCACGGAUUCCCAAUCACCAUGGCUUCCCUCCAGUUCACCCAGCCUGCCGGCACUACCCGCGCAUCAACUCAGCCCACAUCAUACACCCCUCCAACAGGACUUCGUCUUGUUCGACCAGCCUCGCACCAGUCAACCUAGACGCUUAGCCGCGCAAGCAGCCUUUGGUUCCAACCAACGCCGUCACUCGUCUCACCACCUUCGCCAGCACCAGCAUCAGCCACAAGGGCGUAUUCUGUCUCAUCAAAACCAGCGAGUCGCCCAAAUCCAGGCUAUUGGUUCUCGUCAACAUUUUCGGUCCUCUCAGGUGUAUUCUUCUCAAUCAGAUCAGUUCUACGCUUCAUCCGCUCCGUCGUCUUCGGCCGCCUUGAAUCGUCGACACCGCCCACCCGUACCGUUGUUUCCCCAUAGUAGCCACAGCAAAACCACUCCAAAGAUGGAUCUGCAGGAUCUCGAUCUUGACGACUUCACCGGCUUCGAGGGUGGUGCUUCUACCACAUACUCGUCUCCUGCGAUGCCCUCUGUUUUUGAUAUGGGCGGGAGUACGUCUAGUGCUAGCCAUCUGGGUACUGUUUCCCCCCAGGAUCUACUCAUUCAGGAGCCUUUCAUGUCAGCUCCAAACUCGACGGCUUUAACGGCCUUGACAUCGCCUUCUAUUUACAAUGAGUCACCCGAUUUCAACGAGAGCUACGACGUCUCUCCUAAUUUCGGCACCGGAGAAUUUGGUCCUGGCGACUUUGACACUGGCUCCGCUGAUCCUUGGUUCCCGUUGUUUCCACAAGAAACAGCACCGGCCGCUAAGGAUGAUGCCAGCGACAAUCAGCAUUGUAGUGGCAAGUCACCUGCCACUCAUACCGAGGAUCUUGAGGCUGUCGAGUUUCCGUCUACCUCGGGACGUCGCAAGUCUGCCAACUCGUCUCCAUCUGGCUCUGCACGGCACUCUUCUGUUUCUGGUGUCAGUUCUCGUCGGCGGGACAAGCCACUGCCUCCUAUCAUUGUCGAGGACCCCCAUGACACCAUUGCUAUGAAGCGAGCAAGGAACACCCUGGCUGCCCGCAAGUCUCGUGAGCGCAAGGCGCAGCGAUUUGAGGAUCUUGAGGAGAAGAUUCGCAAACUGGAGGUCGAGCGCGAUCACUGGAAGAACAUUGCUUUAGGGCGUUCUUAAAUGUGAGGAUAACCUUGUGCGUGAACUGGAGGGAAUUGUACUACAUUGAUUUGUUUCCUUUUGUUUGUUCAUGCGGGUCUCCUUUUCCCAGGGGAGAUCGCUGCUCUUUAGUUGGGCAGUUUCUUUAGUCUGUUGUCUGUUUUUGUGGUUGACUAGCAUGACUCUACUCUCAAAAUUUUGAUCUUUGCCCAGCCAUUGUUGCAACGCCUCAUCGUCCUUGGCGCAAUCCGCCUUGGUCUCGCCCACACACCGUCGUGA